AUGGAACAUCAUCACCAAAUUUAUCAAAAUAAUAACAUUAAUAAUAAUAAUAAUAAUACAUAUAUUGAAGAGAUUGAUAAUUUACAUAAUAUUAUUUCUUUGCUCUCAGAGAGAAUUCAACAGUUGGAAGCAACAGCAGCAGCACAUGAAAAUUCAAAUUUCACAGAGACACGUCCGGUUACGCCAACUACGAUGGAACACGAACCAAUUAGAAUAGGAGGAGGAUAUCAACAACAACAACAUCAUCAUCAACUACAACAACAUCAACAACAGAGAGAUCCAUCUGCUGUGAUAUUCCCUUGUCCUGAUGAGAAUGCUCCAGACGCUGCUGAAGAACAGCAGGAGCGUAUCAUUCGAGUGUUGGCAGAUACAGCUCCCUUCAUGAUGUGGAUGUCUGACGCGCGCGGAAACUUUGUCUAUUUGAAUUCAAAGUAUUUCGAAUUCACCGGAGUAUCGCUGGAGGAUUCGAAUAAUGAGGUUGGCGAUGGUUGGAGUAACACUAUUCACCCGGACGACAAGGAGCUGUUGUUCCUCGUCGAUCCCGACGAUGCCAACCUGCUGCAUAUCGUUCAGAAGUACAAUGUUAUCAUCGAGACGAACAACACUUCGAUUCGCUUGCCAGUUGGCUACUGGCAAGAGUGUAUCAAUCUCUGUGGUGGACACAGCAGCGGCGGCGCAACCACCGACACCUAUGAAGAUGUACAUUCGGCAGACCAACACAGCUUUGAAGAUCCACCAUCGUCGCCUUUUGGCGAGGACGACACCACCGCGCGCAUGAUGGAGCUAAUCCACCAGAGUUCGAUGCGGCUGGUUUGUCGUCCAUCGAUCUACUCUAGUUUCUAUCAACACUACUUGACGCCGAUCUUCCAGCGACUUGGAAUGCUGUCGAUGACCGCCGAGUACAUUCGCGGUACCACAGACCAUCCGUUUGGAUUCGUUUGUGUCGCAGCGAAAACAGAGAAGGACUACAACUCGGGCGAGCAAAACACACUGCGAGUCAUGGCGAACAUUCUGUCUGCCUACAUUCGCCAGGAAGAAGACACCAAAAGUUUGGAAUCACAACAGAAUCUGACGUCGACGCUGUCGAGAUCGUCACGCGAGGGAAUCAUCAAGGUCAAUGCCACCGGACUAAUCACCGAGAUGAAUCCGUCGGCACUGGAACUCUUCUCGAUGAACUCGCGACAAGUGAAACAAAAAUACCCAAUCUCUGUUCUCUUUCCUUUCAUCACCGAUACAAUGCGCGAAGGCGAUACUUUCGAACACUACAUGAGUGAACACAUCGUGAAAUACCGCCAGAACAUCACAUUCAAAGAGAGUUCGGCGACACUGCUCAAUGGACAUCAGUCGUUCCACGUUGAUCUCAUGAUAAAAGAGAUCUUCAUUCAAGACACGAAAGUAUUCAUCUUUUUGAUUCGCAACAAGUCGAAUCGCCCGGAAAUACCGGCACCCGUCAAAAACUCGAUCGACAGCAUCGUCAACAUGUCGAAAGCGUUGGUCGAUUCCGAUGUCAAGAGUAAAGGCGUAGCUGAAUCGAUACUCAGAGUCAGUAGCAAUCUUCAGACGCUUGUCGAUGGACUGAUAGAUCUUCCCAACCUCAAACUACCUACACUCAAACUAAAGUACGACCUGAUGAAAGUGACCGAUUGCGUUGAACAAUCGUUACUCUUAACAUCGCCAAUCGCACAGAAACACGGCAUUGAAAUACUGCCGAUCUACGACAACCAACUUCCAACCUUUAUCAAUGGUGAUAUGUCUCUACUUCGUCAGAUUCUCAUCAAUCUACUUGAAAACAGUAUAAAUUCAACCAAAGAUAUUAAAGCAUUAGUAUUACAAGUUAAUCUUUUACAAAAUAAUAAUCAAAAUCGUCAAACAACAUCAACAACAACAACAACUACUACUUCAACAUCAAAUAAUAACAAUAACAAUAACAACAACAGCAAUAAUAAUGUAUUCACAACUAUUCAAUUUGAAAUUAAAUUAUCAUUAUCAUCUGAAAGAGUACAAAAAGUGGAACAGCCAUUCGUAGAGAUUGAUAGUGGAAUUCAGCAAUGUCAGGACAUUAUUCAAAUGAUGGGAGGUUCUAUUCAAAUUGGACAGAGCGGAUCAACCUAUAAAUUUACCAUUAGUUCCUCCUAUGUAUCGAAUCUACCGCCAAACUACAAUUACAACCGAAGAAUCCUUACCAUCUCUCCGAAUUACUACCGACGACAAAUGCUUUCCAAAGUUUGGCAUCGAUUCCAAUGUCACGGUGAUUUCGUACCAAAGUUUUUAUUGAAAGAAGAUAUUUUAAAUAUUGUAGAAUCAAACUAUGAAUUUGUUUUUAUAGAUUUCUCAUAUGAUCAAGCGAUCAAUGAAUUCAUUGGCAAUCUCUCUUCUCUGCGAUCAGAGAUGAAGUCAAAGAAAAUAAUUGUUGUCAUCAUCGACAGUACAUUCCCAUAUAUACAUAGAAUCACACCAUUCAUUGAUCAUAUAUUGAUCAAGCCAACCAGUUUAGAUACUAUAGAAAGCUUAAUUAAAAUCUAA